GCGGAGACUCCCAGCCAGCCCCCGACCUACCCUGCGGAGACUCCUAGCCAGCCUCCUACCUACCCGGCUGAGACUCCUUCUGCCCCGGCUCCUACCUACCCUGCCGAGACUCCCAAGGUCCCCAGCCCUGACACCACCACCUCUUGCCUGAGCUCCACCACCGUCACCGUCACCCUCCCUUACCCCACCGGUACUGGUGUUCCUCCUUCUCCCUACACUCCUGGCAAGCCUUCCGUCCCUGUUGCUCCUUACCCAUCUGUCCCAGGUGGCGGUGCUCCAUACCCAUCUGUCCCUGCCGGUACCGGUGUUCCCCCUGCUGCCGGCACUGGAUACCCCACCAAGACCGGUGGCUACGUCAAGCCUUCCGCUCCUCCUGAGUUCAGCGGUGCCGCCUCUGCUCUCAACGUCGGUGGCUUCGUUGCUGGUGUCGGUGCUUUUGCUGCUUUCUUCUUGUAA